UCAGUCGGACUCCGUUUAUGACACAGUCACGAAAUACGAACUAUCCAAGCACUAUUUAGGCACCCGCCGAAUGCUUACCCGUUUGCUUUUAACUCCAUUCUGUCAAACUUCCUUAACAUAUACAUCCUCAAUUGCAAACAAAAUGACCACCAUCCGCUACGCCACAGAAGCGGACACGCCCGCAAUCGCAGAGCUAAACAUCAUCUGCUUCCAAGAUGCCCCGAUGUACCGCAACAUGUUGCCGAACAUCGACCCUCUAUCGGCCACGCCCAUGAAAAUCUCCCGCACCUACGACAAACUCUCAAACCCCAAGAUGCACGUACUAGUCGCUACAGACCCAAGCUCGGAUCAAAUCCUGGGAUGCGCACGCUGGCUUAUGCCCGACCCGAGUCCUAAAUGGCGGAGCGAGAGUGAGAUGGUGAUCCUCUCAGACGAAGCAAGGGCCAAGGCGGCGCAGAUGGCGCAGCUGCGGCCGGCAGGGAUGAAUGUAGCGGUCUACGAGGGAGUCCUGAAAGCGCUGGAGGAGAUGAGGGGGAAGCACGUUAGGGAUGGUGAUAUCGGUGAGUGUUCCACUUUUUCAGCUACUUAUCUGUUGAUGCCGGGCAGCUGACGGUGUAGUUCUGGAACUUCUGGUGACGCAUCCGCAGCAUCAAGGGAAAGGGGUGGGCAAGGCAUUGCUGGACUGGGGAGUGCGGAUGGCGGACCAGAAAAAUGCGCGGAUUUAUCUGGAGGCCACGCCGGAGGGGUAUCCGCUGUAUAGCAAGUAUGGAUGGCGGGAUGUGGAGGAUAUAGUGAUUGAUUACUCGGUGUAUGGGGGGGAGGGAGAUGCCACAUAUGUAGUUAUGAUUCGGGAGCCGGCUCGCAAUUGAUCUGCUCUACAUUCUGGAAUAAGUAAUUCCAAGAUAGCACUUGUACAAGGCACUCAGCUGACAGUAUCUAUCCAUAGAAUUAUCAUUAUCACCAAUGAUAAUGUACUACCG